GUCAACACGUCCAACAAGCGGAUGGGACUGGGCGACCACCAUGGCUGAGAAGAGCCUGCUUCCAACGGAGAAGUCCCGCACGCUAUCUCGAUCAACACAGCCGAUGACGAGCAGGAGGAAUAUGCCACGAAAGAACCUGCCGAUAGCCACCAGAAGAGAGCCGAGCAGGAAACCGGUGGCAGGACUGGACCCUAUGAUCCUCCGCCUCGACGAGCCCAACCAGCCGCCCAAGGCCCUCGUCACCGCCCCCCUCCCCGACGACAUCGACGUCGACCCCUCCGCCAACCGUGUGUACUGGACCAACAUGGGCGCCGACGUCACCGCCAAGGACGGCAGCCUAAUGUCCUCCACCCUCGAUGGCUUCGACAAGAAGGUUCUUCUCGCCGAUGGCAUCCUCACUACGCCCAAGCAGCUCGUCCUCGUCAAGGACCAGCAGACGGGAACCGAGAAGCUCUACUUCUGCGACCGUGAAGGCUGCUCCGUGCACCGCUGCAAUGUCGACAGCAGGCUACGGUGA